AUGACCGUACAGCCGCAGAACAUUUUCUUUGCCGUCAAAACUUGCAAUCGCUUUCACAAUGAACGAGUGCCCAUUAUAAAAGCAACCUGGGGUCAGAUUGUAACACACAUUCGAUACUACAGCGAUGUAAUGGAUCCAGAAAUUCCAACAACUUAUACAGGUGUCCCCAAUACGGAACUUGGUCACUGUGAAAAAACAUUGAAAAUUUUGAAGUUAGCUUUUCAAGAGAUCAACGAACUCAAUAUGAGAUUGGAAAAUGCAGAACCAGAACUAGAGAAACGUAUCAAUUGGCUCGUUUUGGCCGACGAUGAUACACUGUUGAGUAUUCCUAACCUUUGUGAGUUGCUUGGUUGCUUUAAUCAUAAACACGACAUUUAUCUUGGCGAGCGGUACGGGUUUCAUAUCAAUAGCGGUUUUAAUUAUAUAACCAGCGGUGGAGGCGUAGCUUUAAGUUUAUCCGCUGUAGAAAAACUAAUCGCAUAUUGCCAUUGCAGCCGUCCUCAGGAUGCCGAUGAUAUGUUGUUGGGAAUAUGCUUCAGUAAUCUGGAAGUGCCAGUCAUAAACUCUGCACAAUUUCAUCAGCUUCGUCCGCAGGACUAUCCAGUAGAGUUACUAUCUCUUGAUCCACCAAUAUCAUUUCAUAAGUUCUACGAUGUGGAUCCACUCGCUGUCUAUGAGCAAUAUUUCUCUGUUGCUGAUCGGCGGAUGCUGCAAAAAAUAAAUGACAGUGAUUUGAAAUAACUGAUUAGAAAUAAUAAAUAUUAUUACAUGUAGUCCCUCUGUUUGUUGUUAGUUGGAUAUGGUAAAGAAAGUUUCCCUUAGUAACGAAAAUUUAAUAUGUCAUAAUAUUAUCACUGGCUCAUAUCUGUGGUCUUUGUUGUUUUGUCAAAAGUCCACAGAUAUGUAAAUGUAAAUCGACUAUUAGAAUAUAUAUUCUCGCUUCUAUCUGCGAAUUAUCUUUCCAUUUUCGUUUACGAAAAUAACAAUCUGGUAUCAUUACGUUAAAUGGAGUUCUUGUAAGUGUUCCCACAACUAACCCUUAAUAAAGGCAAUACAAAAUGUUUUUGUAACC